CCUCCUCGUAACCGACACGCCCCCGAAAUCUUGCGCCGUUUCGAUGGGGGAAGCCGAGGCUUCCUCCUCCUCUUCCUCGCGGAAGAUUUCAAAUCCCUCCUCCACUUCUCCAACGCCUUCGCCAACUGGAAACCCCGAAUUCCCCGCCGCCUCCCCACCCGCGCCGCAAACCCCUAAACCCUAGCCGCCACCUCCACGGCGGCGGCCGCCGUAGCCAUGGAUUUCUACUCCGACGACUCCGACCCGGACAUCGACGAGGACCUGCAGAGGGACCUGGACGCGCUGCGCCAAUCCUGCAUCCUCUCCGGGAACGACCCCGACGCGGCGGUCGCGCAGGUCUCCGCCUGCCUCGCCGCCCCGCCGGCGGCGGCGGCGGGAGCGGAGGUGAAUGGCUUGUCUGAUGACGACGACGAGGAGGAGGACGAGGAUUUGGCCCUCGUCCGCAGCAUACGUGAGAAUCUCCUCCUCAACAAGGCCUCGCCGUCCUCGCCCCUGCCGCGCCCGAUCUGCGCCUGGCCGCCCUCCGACUCGGAGGACGACGAGGACGACCUCGAGACGCUCCGCGCGAUACAGCGCCGGUUCUCGCACUACCACUCCGGUACCUCCAGUGGGUCAGAGAUGAACACAAAAACUGAGGCAUCAAAGGAAGGGAGUGGCAAUAUUUUUGGAAAUGAACUUGAUGAAGAAUUUGAUGCGGAGAAGCACAAUAAAGAGGCAACUACCAGAACUGGGUUUCCUAAAGCUGCCUUGUUGUUAGUGGAUGCUCUUAAGAAGAACAGAGCAUGCCAGAAGUUCAUUAGAAGGAAGAUGAUUACCAUUGAAGCAAAAAUUGAAGAAAAUAAGGAUCUCAGGGAUCGUGUAAAAUGUCUUUUGGAUUAUCAAUUAAGCUGCAGAAAAGCAUUUGGCAAAAUUUUGUGCCAAAAGGAGGAUCCUCGUGUUAGAUUGAUCUCCUCUCGAAAGCCAUGUGCACAAUCAACGAAGAAUAAAGAUAAGAAGACACCUGCAUUAUUUCUUGGCCCUGCAGAUAACCCUCAUGUUUCAAAGUACAAAAUGGUACUGAAGCAACUCCCUAUGUCUCUUCAGAAGCAACCGUGGUCAGAUGUUGAGAAAGAGAAACUUGCUAAAGGAAUAAAGCAGCAAUACCAAGAGGCAUUGAUUUUGAACUCGAUCAAUAAAGGAAGUUCCACCGGUGACUUCAGUGCUGUAGAUAUGGCAUAUGCACUGACGAAUACUGCUGGCAAUUUUGAGGUUACUCCCGAAAGUCUUAGAUCGGUCCUGCCAUUAAUAAACUGGGACAAAAUAGCUGCUAUGUACCUGCCUGGUCGAUCUGGUGCUGAAUGUGAAUCGAGGUGGCUAAACUUUGAUGAUCCAUUGAUUAGUCAUAAUGCCUGGACUGCUCGGGAGGAAAAAAGACUUAUACUAACUGUUCAACAGCAAGGAAUGAAUAACUGGAUUAACAUUGCAGUUACAUUGGGUACUCACAGGACACCUUUCCAGUGCCUUGUUCGUUAUCAGCGAAGUCUUAAUCACUGCAUAUUGAAUAAGGACUGGGCUGAAGAAGAAGAUCUUCAACUUCAAGCUGCUGUCAACACCUUUGGAACUAAUUGGCAACUUGUAUCAGCUAGUAUGGAUGGUCGCACUGGCAAUCAGUGCUCUAACAGGUGGAGAAAAACCUUAAACCCUGAAAGGUCAAGAGUGGGGAGAUGGUCUCUUGAUGAGGAUAAACGCCUCAUGGUAGCUGUGAAGUUGUUUGGGUCUGGCAGCUGGAAUAAGAUUGCUCAGUUCAUUCCUGGUCGCACACAGAGUCAGUGCAAUGAAAGGUGGCGCAAUGUUCUUGAUCCUGAUAUAGAUCUUGGGGAAUGGCGACCUGAAGAAGACUCCAUACUAUUGGCAUCAGUCGAUGAGUUUGGGCCUUGCUGGUCCAAGAUUGCUGGGGCGAAGAUUCCUCACCGUACUGACAAUAUGUGCUUGAGAAGAUGGAGAAAGUUGUGUCAAGAUAAAUUGCCUUCAGUUAAGGCAGCUCAACAAAUAAAGAAAUCCAUUCUUCAAUGCAACUUUGUUGACAGAGAAACAGAGCGACCUGCCAUUGGACCCAGUGACUUAAUGCCACUUGUUCGCUCCAAAGUUGAUGGAAGUGAUGAGAACACUGUGAGUGCUAAAGUCAGGAAGCCCCGAAAACGUUCUAGAAUACCAUGUGAGGACAAUGUACUCCCUGGUGACACAUCAAAUUCUUCACCUUCUAUGAAUCUACCUCUUUCUGAAUCUAUUGAUGCUGAGGCUGCUGUAAACACAACCACAGCAAAUUCAAAGAAGAAACCAUCUAGAAGUAGAUCGAAAAAGCAAACUGAUGAAAAUCUUGCUGUCUGUGAUGUCAACAACUCUUCUAAUUGUUCUAGUGGAGCCAGGAAGAGAAAGAGAUCUAUUACUGACAAAAAUCAAGUUGUGCAAAAGAAAAUGAAGGGGUCUAUCUCUGGUGAUAAUGAGGCUGUCGUAGAGACAGUGGGCACUAUCAGUGCUGAUAAUGAGGUAGCCACGAAACGGAAGACUGGCUCUACAUCUGUUGGUGAAGAAGGCACAACCAAGAAGACAACGAGGGGCUCUCUCUCUGGUAAAGGAGAAGUCAACAAGAGAAUGAGGGGCUCUAUCUCUGGUGUUCAGAAGGGAGCAACCAAACAAAGAAUGAGGGGUUCAGUCUCUACUGAUAAUCAUGGUGCUGUAAUGAAAAGCAAGAGAGCACCAUCAAGGAAAUCAGCCGAAGAGAACUCAAAAGCUGAUAGCAUGGCUAAUGCAGCCUUUGGGUCGGACCUUCCAACUGUGGCUUCUGAAGAUAGAGAUGCUAAUAAUGGAAAUGUGAAAAAUGGGAGACUCAAGUCAAUGCCGAGACCCAAGCAGAUAAACAUGACUGAGGGAUCUGCAGACAAAUUUUCCACAUCCACGCGGCUUGCUGAUUGCAUGUCAUUCGGCCGAAUCAAUGGAUCCAGCAGGGUUGCAAGACACUUAUGUGUGAGUGUCAAGCCGUUAAGCAACAUGAUCCAAUCAAAUGGACCUUCUGAUGUGUCAGCUAAGGAUCCCACUUCUGCUGAAACAGAUCCCACUUCUGUUGAGAAUAGCAACACCGCUUGAACCUCUAUUGACUAUCAGCGAUACUCGGAGCUUUACUUCUGCGGAUGUGGUAUUGUUGAUAGGUGCAACUUCUUGAAGUGGGAGGAAGAUAUACAUGGGAAAAAAAUCAUAUUCAAAGGUAGUAAACAUAUCAAGUAAGUCUUUUCAGACAGGAAGAAUGUUCUUAUCCAGUAAUUUUCCAUGUCCAGGAAGAUUCCCAAUCAGCUGAAGCUGGCACAUAUCAUGGUAUAGUCCAAGGACAGUGUUAUGCGAUGUCUAAUUACAAAUGAACAGGGGAUCUCAGUAGUCCCAGGAUGGUCCUACAAAGGUCUCAAAUUACGUGCAUAUGUGGAUGAUUUUAUCAUUGGCUUUAAGAUGCAAGCGUGAUGGCACUUGUCUCUGUACUGAAAAAUCGACACCACAAAUUAAUUUACUAGUUUUUUUUUAGAAAAUAGAAAUUUUCAAGGAAUGAAUUGAUUUUUGUUAGUUCGGUGGAUGCAUUAUCGUGUUGCUUGCUCUUCUGCAGGAAUCUCCAUAAAACAAAACCAGCGCCUUCUUGAUGUGAUCUGUUACUGAACCGGUACACUGGUAGUUGUAAGUAUAGUAGAUGUUAACUGGGGUCAUCCUGUACAACUGUACUCUUAUUAUAGACUCGAAUUAAGAACAACCACUGACAUGCCAUCUUCCACCGUGAGAAUAGAAAACCAUUCUUUACCAUAUUGGUACCCAGUUUUGUAUGCCAUUGGGGAUAUCAAAAUGGUGUACUAGAUUGUAACUUGUUAUCCGGAGAGUUGGUAACUCGUUUCCGGUUGGUGUACAGUACUUGUCCUACUUGGUACCUGGACGUGAGUAGUUCAUCUGAUUCUGAAACAAUGGCAUUUUCAUUGAUUUGAAAUCGCACAUUUCUCAUAAUAUGAAAAUUAAUGGCAUUUUCAUUUUUUUGA